CUGCUGCUACAUUACAUUAGCCUUCUUGUAUCCUUCUUUCUGCUAGUCUGCAGUAUCCAAAGCUUCACUCAAGAGAUGACUAAAGAUGAAGACUUCAAGCUCCUCAAGAUUCAGACAUGCAUUCUGAGAGUGAACUUGCAUUGUGAGGGUUGCAAGCACAAAGUGAAGAAAAUCCUUCAGAGGAUUGAAGGUGUGUAUCAAGUGAGCAUAGAUGCAGAGCAGCAGAAGGUGACUAUUUCAGGAAGUGUAGAUUCAGCAACUUUGAUAAAGAAGCUUGUGAAAGCUGGUAAACAUGCCGAAAUUUGGUCAAACAACAACCAAAGUCAAAGUCAAAGUCAAAAUCAAAAUCAGCAAAAUCAGAAGGGUUCUAACAUGAAAGAUGACAAGAAAAACAAAACCCAGAAAGACGAUUUCACCAAAAGCAUUGAAUCCUUGAAAAAACAGUCAAAGCUUCAGCCUUUGACCUCCGGAGAAGAUGAUGACCCAUUUGAAGACGACGAGGAUUUGAGGUUUCUGAAAGGGAAAACAAAUCAAUUGGGGGUUUUGAGGCAGAACCAGAAACAACAACAAAAACAGCAAGAAUCAACUGCAAAUUCUGCCAAUAAUGCGAGGAAUUCCAAAGCUAAAACUCAACCCAACAAUGGAAGUGGCAAGAAAGUUCAGGUCAAUGUGGGAGGGCAAAAAGGUAAUUUCGAGAAUUUGAAUGAGGGGAAAAGGGUAAAUGAGGUGAGCUCCAUAAUGAGCAAUCUUGUUAGUGGCGGUGGUGGUGGUGGAGGAGGGUUUGAAACGCCCGACAACGGUGGAUUUGCAAUGGCUACCGGUGGUCAACAACAGAUGAUGAACUAUAACAUGAAUGGGCUUGGGCUUGGGCUAGGGUACAACCAGCAUCAGCAAGAGUACAACUCAUCCGCCGCUGCUGCAUCAAUGAUGAUGAACAUGCAAAACAGGCAAGCAAUGUAUCAGAGGUCACCUAUGAUGCCACCAACCACUGGUUAUUACUACUAUAAUUACAAUCCUGCCCCUUACACUUACAAUGAGUCCCCUCAUGGUCAUGGCUACUACUACACUAAUACUAAUGGUGGUGGCAACAUGUUGAGUGAUGAGAAUACAAGCAGUUGUUCAAUCAUGUGAGGGCAAAAGUGGGAAAAAAAGAUUAGACCUUUUAGAAAGUAUUUGUGUGAAAGAAGUUUGAUUUAAUGUACUUGUGGAUGUUGUCGGUGGAUCUUUUGUUGCCAAGUUUAGUCUUGUGAAAAAACAAGUGGUUCUUGUGUCUAAUUUGACAUGAAGUUUUAGUCUUUAAGAUGUAAACAAUCUAUGGUGGUGGAUCUUGAAAGAACCUCACAUCGACUUAGAUUGUGAUUUUAUCUGUUGCUCUUUAGCGGAUUUUGUUUGUUUGGUAAACAAAAAAUUAUUAAAUGUGGAUUAACUCUUUCUUUGUCUAA